AUGUCUUACCAAAUCACCUACGACGCUACCCGCGCACCACCGCGCGCCGCCGCCCUCGUCGCAUUCAUGGAAGACUUCUAUCGCACCAGCGACACCGAGUCCCUGCACGAGAAAUACGUCCAGUACUUCACCCAAGAUGCGACACUCAUUAUGGGACCAAAGGAGGCCAAGGGCGCAAGCGCAAUUCUCACGCUUCGUCAGGGCCUCUGGACACAUGUUGCUUCACGCAGACACACGCCGGUACAGAUCUACUUCGGCAGCGAUGAUGAGAUCAUGUUGUACGGUGGAGUGAACUAUAGACUCAAGGCUAACCCGGAUAAUGAUGUUUAUGUGCCUUGGGCUGGACGGGUUGUGUUUGCGCCUCAGAAGGAGGACGAUAAUAUCAAGAUGCAAUUUUAUCAGGUUUACUUGGAUACUGCGGCUCAAACUGGAAAGAAAUAA